AGUUUAGCUAGUACGGAAUGUUCACCUUCAGUUUAGUAUUGUAUAUUACUAUCAUGUAAUAACCGUUUCUUAUUAAUACAUAACGUUGGUGAUCGUAUGUAGAUACGUUUUCAGUUUUAUACGUUUAAUGGGACUGAAAAGUAUCGUACAAUGCCGCUUAUCAGACAGCAUGUGGGUUUAUCUAGCCGGUAAAAUGUCAGUUGACCGUGUCUUAAAUUAAGUAGUAUUUAUAUAUAGUAGAACAUAUCGCGAAGACAAGUUUACACGUUUAUCGUGCUUUCUAGAAGAACAUUACACAUCUGUGGCUUUUCGAUACGGUCGUCGUCAUGUUAGGACACAUAGCAAGAAGACUUGGUCACCUCCACGGCCAUCAAAUGUAUAAUGGAUUGAAAGGACUCAAUCAUAACCAGCUUCUUUCUAGAGAGACGCACAGGCACCUGCAGUCCUCAUUCCAAACCACCUCUCCUAUCUCGAUGAUGUCGCUGUGGCCGUUCUCAGCAUCGUCCCGUGACUACAGUCAGCCAAACUCAUCGUGGAGUCCAGAGAUGCGGAGAAUUUAUGACCAUUAUAAUUCACUGUGUGAGGAAGAGACUGGAAAUGGCGAUAAAAACAGAGGAACUUGGUGGAAGUUACCGAGCUACAACCGCUCUAUUAAACAUGCCACAGGCGGUGCACACCUCAGCAAACUGGUCCAGGCCAAAGCUCGACUUUUCACGAGAAGUUUUAAAGAGCACGGUGCAGGAUUUGAAUACGUGAAGUUUCUUAAUAAGGAGGAGAAGACCUGUGUCUGUGUGUUUCAGGCAGGACAUUUACUGGAGGGGGCACCUGGUUAUGUACACGGAGGAGCAAUAGCCACUAUGAUUGACACAGUGAUGGGUACACUUGCUGGCUACCUGUCAGGACCUGUCAUGACGGCCUACCUAAAUACGGACUAUCGCAGUCCAAUUUCUCUGGGCAGCGUGGUUUUAAUCCAGAGUGCUCUGGAUAGAAUAGAGGGCAGAAAAACUUUUCUAACUUGCAAAGUGACCAGCAGCGAUGGAUCCAAACUUCACACUGAAGCCACAGCUCUGUUUGUGUCGAUAAAUGUGGGUCAUUUAUUUGGAGCACGAAGCUAAAAGCAGCCCUGAAUGCACCACAGGGUUGUGUGCGUAGCUGUAUACGCACGCGCAGGUGUGUGCAGUGACCAUCUGAUUUAGCUGAUAACUUAUCUCCGCUCUGUGAAUGAGGUCUCCAGAAAUGCAGACAUCUAACAGAUAAAAAGAGCACCUGCUCAUCUAUUCACUAUAACUGGCUGCCUCAUUUUAGAUGAUUAAAUUAUAUUAAUCCUGUACUUUUUUUUUAUAUUACAAAAAUAUAUAGUUUUUAAUGACCAUGAGGUAUUGAACAAUGUUUUUUGUAGUAUUAACUCAUUACGUUAAAAUACCUCAGUUAUGUUGCAAAUUGUGUGCUUUUAAAUUACUUUAUUGUUGUGAUAUGGAUGUGACAUAGUACUAACAUAUUUAUAACUUCCUGAAUUCUUUUACAUAAAAGCAUCACAUUUA